GCGGGGCUGGCAACGCGGGGCCCCGCCUCCGGGCCGCGAUCCAGGCCGGGCUUUGGGUUCCCAGAGCCGCGGCGGGCGGGAGCCGCGUCCAGGCCGGGUUUUGCCGCUGCCCCGGCCGCGCUGCUGCAGCCGCGUGGAGCCCGCGCCGCGAGCAUGUGCUGGUACCACACGUUGGUCUAAUUCUCCAUGGCAACAGCACAGGCCCCUCAUGUGACCUGUGACCCUGGCAUCUGCCUCCUUGACUCUUCCCUAGCGCCUGCGCCUGGGAGCUACGGCUGCGGCAUGGGCAGCGUGGGCAGCCUGGUGGAGAAGCAGGACUUGACACCCGUGGAGCUGCGGGCGGUGCUGGGGGGCUCGCGGGGGUUCCGGCAGCCGGACGGCCUGCUCCGGAAGGGCCCGAGCCAGCGGGAGCUCUUCAGCUACCUGCACAGCGCCAGGAAGGAGCCCCGGGCCGAGAGGAAGCACCAGGUGCUGGGGGCGUCCUGCAACCGGGACUACGAGAGCGACCGUGAGAACCGGUCCCCUGACCGCUACUCCCGUGAGCACCACCGGGGGGCAGACUUCUCCAAGAGCUCGCUGCCGGAGCGGGGCCGCUUUGACAAGUGUCGGAUCAGGCCAUCGGCUUUCAAGGCAGUGGCUGGGAAAGGCCUGGUCUCUAUGCAGGGUCUGGCCUCAUCUAAAGGGCAGAAGCUGUCGAAGAGCAAUGGGAGCCUGCACACCCUCCUGUCCCAGAGCAGCACCAGCGCCUCCUCCCAGCAUGGCCACAUGCGCACCCACCUGCUGCACACCAUCAGCUUAGACGAGGCCUCCAGUUCCAGCCACAACUCCAUCCAGAGCUUCCCCAUCUACCCUCCCCACUUCAAACCUGCCCAGGGCCAGUUCAGCGCCUCUAUGGGCCACAUCAACCACAUUGGGGGCUCCCUUGACAGGGCCUCCUGGGGCCCCCGAGAUCCCCUGGCAGUGGAGAAAGCACCUCUGUCCUGCAAGAGCAUGGCCACGCUAAGCCGUCUGCAAAGCUCCGGGGAGCCCCCGCCCCCCUACGAGUUCACCUACUCCCUGGAGGACGUGGUGAAGCAGCUGGAGGACCGACUGCAGGAGAAGAGUGGGGAGCUGUGGCAGUUGAAGAGGAGUCUUAGCGAGACUGAAGACCCCUUCACACAGGUUUUCGAGGACAAACAACAUCUGUGGAUGGAUGCACUGGAUGAGCUGAAGCAGAUGUAUGUCGCCAAGCUGCAGCAGGUGACCCAGCAGGCCCAGCGCAGCCAGCGGGCGCUGCAGUUGCAGCUCUACAAAGCGCAGCAGGAGAAGAAGCGGCUGCAGGAGGAGCUGAGCCUACACCAGGGCCAGUGCGAGGAGCUGAGGCAGUGGCAGCAGCAGUGUGAACGUGUCAGCCCCAAACUAGAAGAGACCAGGUGGGAGGUUUGUCAGAAGGCAGCUGAGAUCUCACUGCUCAAGCAGCAGCUUCGAGACUCCCAGGAGGAGCUGGCCCAGAAACUCAGUGAGAUCUUCAGCUUGAAGACCCAGCUGCGGGAGGCCCAGGCAGAGGUGCAAGCCAAGGACUCACAGCUGGCCCAGCUAGGGGACUCCUUCCAGUCCCCACCAGAGCCCAGCUCCUCCCUCCCUUUGGGGGAUGCUCCCAUGCCAGUCUGCCAGGACUUCUCUGGCUGUGAAACUGACGACUCCAAGUGUUGGGGUCUUCACAGCGAGAGUGGGGAGCCCCCUGAGCGGCAGGUGGAGUGGCUGUGGGCAGAGCUGCUGCGUGAGCGGCGCCAGGGCCAGCUGAAGGCUGUGAACUUUGAGCUGGAGCGGAAAACCUGGCAGCAGGAGAAGGAGAAAGUGCUGCGCUACCAGAGGGAGAUCCAGGCAAGCUACAUGGAGAUGUACCACCGCAGCCAGGCUCUGGAAAGGGAGCUGCGGCAGCUGCGGGCUGAGCCCAGAGAUGCUGACGCAGACUCACCCUGGAUCGAGAGAGUUGAGUCUUCAAAAAUCUGAAUGGGAAGCCAGCAGCCUGGACUGGGAAGGAGCAAGAGCUCUCGGGAUGGUACCCAGGCUGCACCAUGGACUGCUUGGGCUAGCCAAGGGAGCUUCUCCAUUCAGACUGAUGAUGCUGUGAGCACUGCAGGUCCAUCCCUGGGGGAGUCUCAGGAGCAAGUGUUACUUCUGCCUCUGCGGCAGGGACCUGUGCUCCAACAGCUGCCUUUGGCAGGGCAAGUUUGCACCAUGAUUUUUACUGUCUGGCAAACAGAAGCCCAGCAUCAAGUGGGAUUUCCUGUUCCUCCUCCUCCCCAUCCCCUGCUGCUUCCUACCCCAGCAAGGGCUCUGGCCCUGCUGGGGAGAUGCCCAGCUUCCUCUCCUUAACGCUGUCCAAGCUGCAUGCCUGCCAGUCUUGCUGCAUGUCCUUCACACUGGGGCUGCACUGGCCGCAGCAGAGAAAACCUGCCCUGCUGUGCCUGUGCUGGGUGCCCAUGCAGGUAACCUUGCCUUGGGGCUUGAAGCCUGGGAAAUGUGACACAUGGAUGCUGUGGAGCACUUUCUGAUGGGGCUUGAGCUGCCCUGGCACCUGGCUCUGCUGGAGUCUCUGCAGCAGGAGAAAAGGAGAGACUAUAGGGCUCAUGCCACGGGGGACAGGUGCAGGGGCUUUGCAUGCCACCCAGGGCUGUGGCCUCUGUGCUGGGGCUUCUUGUGCUGCUUUGGAGAUAGAGAGGAGCUGGGUCAGGAUCCUGACAUAGAGAAAGGGAGAUGGAAAGCAGCUCCUGCCAGAGAGCAUGCACCAUCGCUCAGACCUAUCCUUGGCCACCCUCCCCAGUUCUGGCCCAGCCAACGUCUGGGUAUGAAGCUUUCCUGUGAGGCAGUAGCACAUGCCUAGUGAAAUGAGAUAAAUGAAGAACCUUUUCCCCCACUGGCCCGGCCCAGCCCAGGGUGAGGGGAGGGAUGGUGUAGAGCGAGUGCCCACAGGAGAGCACCUGGUGGGGUCACAGGCACAAGUGCAAUUGGGGAAGGUGUGGUCAGCUUUCCCCCCCAUUCAGCUGCAGAGCACCCAGGGAAGCAGAGCCGCCUUUCACCAGAACAUAGGCUGUGGCUUGGUGCUGAGGGGUGGGCAGGGGCAGGCUAGCACCAUGGGGUGAGGUGGGGGGGCUGGCUGCUGGGUGCUCUGGAUAUGAAGGUCCAGGCCUGGCACGGCUCUGCUCAGCCUCUCCUAGAAUAAAUCUGAAUUUGGUACUUCUGGCUCCAGUGGCUGCUUCUUUCUCUCCCUCCAUGUGGGUGACCGCAGCGGCUGACCCUGGGUGCUCAUGUGGGUGAGUUACAGGCCUCCCAGCUGACAGCGUGGGCAGCAGUGAAGCUGGUAUUUACUCUGCACCCCAAGAGGUUGCUGCAGCCAAAACUCCAUUUGCUGCUGACCAGGGAUGUUCAGCUCAAGGCAGGCGAGUCUGGGAAGGGGAGUAGUGAUCCCAGCGUGGGGACCAUGGGCCCAGUUUCUGAGAGCGAUGCAGACAGGGCUCCACUUACAGGAGCUGCCUGCUCCAUGGUCUGUGUUCCUGCUGGAGCGGGGGCUCUGGUUUGUCUCUAAUGGGCUGGCAGUGACAUACUGCUCUUUAAGGUUAGACACAAGCCCCCACAAGCAGUCCUGGUGCAGCGCAACUCGCCUCUCCCAGCUGCAGGUUAUCUGAGGGGUGGAGAGGAACCAAACUGGCUUCCUUGAGUUGAUCUACUCAGUCCUGCUGGACACAGGUGCUGGGGGGCUGGCAGGGUCAAUCUCUCUAGCCUCGUCCUGGCAGCAACCUCUUGACUCUGCUUGGAACUGAAAUACAAAGAUGCCAACAGCUGUAGUACCCUCAACCACUGGCCAAUGUCUCCUUUUUAAACCACUUCUUGUCAUGGUGGUGCUUGGCAUCUGUCCACGCCAUCAACCUGGCUUGGCCUGCAGUGACUGAGGCUGUGCACACACAGCAGGCUCCUGGCUGCUUGCCCAGUGGGGCUUGGCUCUGAGGAGCAGGAGCUGGAGCCUGAGCCUGGGAUCUGCUGCAGGUUUGUUAUUCUAGGCCAGCUGGCUGUUGAAAUCUCAUUUGUUUGCUGGUGCCCACAUCAGGCAGCAGGUUUACACCCAACAAUUAGAGCCAGGGGGAGGCGAGGUGGGACCCAGGAGAGGGCGGCACCAAAACUUGGCAGGGAAGCCAGAAACCAAGCUCCUGCCGCAGAUGCCACAGGGCAGAGUGGUGGCGUCUCAGGAAGAACCGUCUUUAGAUUAUUGGGUUGGUGGUGAAACCGGUUUCCUGAAUUCCACAACCUUGAUUCACGCUCUGAGAGGGGCUUAGCUGGUGUAGCUGUCAUUGCUAUGCUGCAGGGGCCCGUCUCCAAAUGCACGGCCGAGCAGCUCACCCUUGCUUGGGAUCCUAAGGCUGACAGCCCUUCGUCCACGUGCUUCUAGCCUGUGCAGACAGCCUCAUACUGCCCCAGUCUCUCUCUGACCCAAGCACCAUCACUGAACCAAAGGGACCCUUUGGAGCCGUUUCCAACCCACCCCAGCAAAAUGCUCCCCCCCCCCCCCUUAGGGAGGUAGGAAGAGAGGCACGAAUGUAGCUGGUGUGGCCAGGGCAGCAGUGCCUUCCACAGGGCUUGGCCCAAAGUUAACCUACAUGCCAGUGCUGCAGGAGCCUGCUCAAGGGCAGGGUCAGUUUUUUCCUGCUAUUCAGCCUGACAACUCUAUUGCCUGAUUCCAGCCCCUUGCUCCUACUUACACCCCUGUCU